GUAGCUAAAAUAUCAACAAAACAGACUGUGUCGAUUCACUUCACUUACUGCUCUUGCAGAUUUAUUAUUAUCAGGCCUUGCACAUCCGCAAUUAUUUCUAUCGUCCGCUAAAUAUCGCGCUAGAAUGGCAUUAGCAAUGCAAAAACGGAAUAACGUGAGGCUGCCUCCAGAAGUCAAUCGCGUACUAUAUGUUCGUAAUCUUCCGUACAAAAUCACUUCCGACGAAAUGUAUGACAUUUUUGGAAAAUACGGUGCUAUCCGUCAAAUUCGGGUUGGUAAUACUCCAGAAACUCGGGGUACGGCUUUCGUGGUGUAUGAGGAUAUUUUCGACGCAAAAAACGCUUGUGACCACCUUUCCGGAUUUAACGUGUGUAAUCGGUACUUGGUAGUUCUGUACUACCAGUCGACGAAAGCUUUCAAGAGGCUGGAUGUAGACAAAAAACAAGAAGAAUUAGAUCAGAUGAAGGCAAAAUACAACAUAAAUUUUGAUGAGUAGCAGAUCGUGUUUCAGUUAUCUAGUAGUAGGGUCAGGUGGGGCAAGACGGGUCACCUAAGGAAAGUACCCGAUGCGUUUUUCUACGCAUUCCAUUUUAACCCACUUAUCAUUUACUUAGAUGGAGUCACUAAUAAUCUCUUCCGAAAAAAAUCUACAGGACCGAUUUUUCGAGGAUCAUAUUUUUUUGUGAAUACAUUUAAAAGAUAUGUUAUUAUAAGCUCUCAAAAAGUACGGGGCAAGAUGGGUCAAAAUGCGGGGCAAA